CAACAACGUCUUUCGCUCUUUUACACUAUCGCUCACUCUCUGUCAUGUCGCUCCUUUAAACAACUACCAACUACAAUUUUCCCACGAUACGUUCAACCAAUAGUCAGAAUGGAACCUUCAUUGAAUGCCACGAUCGACGACACUUUCUUUCUUGUCCCACCAACACGAUUCCUUUUCCAACCUGCCCAUCGACCAAAACUCCAUAUCGGCACCCUAGGUCGCCGAGGCCUUCUCGAACUCGCACAACGCGAUCUCACCUGCGCGAGUGACGAAACAACAUGUUCGCAAGGAAGCUGGUGUUGCGGCAAAGGCUCAACGUGCUCGCUUGAUAACGGCGCCUUUUUCUGUUGCGCUCCGGGGGCUGGCCAGGAUGGAUGUGCAAGGGUUUGCGCUGCUGGUGAUUUCCAAUGUGGAAAUGUUUGCUGCGCUGACGGGCAAACAUGCAUGGGCGCCGAAUCGGGUUCCCCCUAUUGUGUAAACCCCAGCAUCACCAGCACCUUGAUGAGCAGCAUUCCUCUUCCAACGACCACAGCAACGUUUAUCAGUUCGACUUUGACGGUUGCACAAACACCAACAAUGGCAUUGUCAACUUCCCUUACCACUUCGAUACCAACCACCACAGCAAUCACUAUUCCAUCUUCCACAAAUUCUACAACAUCAGAAACCACAAAGCCCAUAUCUUCCAACAUGAGCUCUUCACAACCAGCUGCACCCACAGCAGCCUCUCCCUCCACCUCCCACGAAGACAGUGACCGCGGGAUGCCCAUGGCCGCCCAAGUCUCCAUCGGUGUCAUCGUCCCCGUAGUCUGCAUCAUCCUCGUCUUCGGUCUCUGGAUGAUCCUCUUCCGCCGCUCCAAGUCCCGACGACUCACAAUGGGAGACGCUCCGCCCGGCUUUUACGUCGUGGGUCCUCCGGGCCAAUUCGUCGUGGGUCCUCCGCUUUCUCCAGGGGACCGUCCAUCCAGCUGGUACCCCUCUACACCACCACCGGCCUACACCAAAUCCUACACCACGCCCGUCUCGAUGGUUCCCGCUACCUCUUCGGCUGCCUCUUCGGUGUUUAGUAACGAGUCGCCUUCACCGGAGCAGGGGAUGGAGAUGUCGAAUUUGAGUGUGCCACUGUCGCCGUCGCCGGUGCAUCAGAGGUUGAGUGUGAUGGAUGUGAGGCUGUCGAUGGCGAGCACGACGGUUGGGACGCCGGAGGAAAAUGAUCAGGCUGGAAAUGGGCCGGAGGCGGAUGAUGUGCAUCCUGGGAUGCCGAUAGAUCUGUCAAGGACCUCGGUGUUUCAUCCGAGGAGUACGGUCGAUCAGAAUGUGUCGCGCCCGGGGACGGCGCUGUAGUCGGUGCAUCAUCAGGGAAUGAAAACUUACGGUCGACGAGCUACACAAAGGCUCCGUUUCUUUAAACGUUUCUAAGAUUCAUGUUUUUCAGACUCGCAUGUCUUAUGUUGUUCGCGGGGGUGUUGGAAGGAAUGGGAUCAUAUAAGAUUGGAGCGUUCAUGUAAAGUUAAUAUACCCAUAAUGUUUUACCUUAGCAUUUUUCAGAUGAAAUCUCAGUCGUAACUGCCAUCACUCUCAUGGGCUUGCGACAAGAGCUUCCGUAAAGCCCGAGAGACCUGUCUUCGAAGAUCAGUGGAGUUUGAAGGUUCCCUCACCGCAGUAAGUCCGGAGUCCGGUGAG